UGUCUUGGUAUAUAAACGCGCGGAAAACCCUAGCAAUUCCGCCGUUGUCCUGCGAACCCUAGAGAGGAGCAGCAGAGAACAGAGAUCUUCGCGGCCAUGGCGGAUACUUCGGAUGCGGUGGAAGUCGGAGGAGCGCCCAAGAGGAGGACAUUCAGGAAGUUCUCCUUCCGUGGGGUUGAUCUCGAUCAGCUCCUCGACAUGGGAACUGAUGAGCUUGUGAAGCUCUUCCAUGCCCGCGCUCGCAGGAGGUUCCAAAGAGGUUUGAAGAGGAAACCAAUGGCGCUCAUCAAAAAGCUUCGCAAGGCGAAGCGUGAUGCUCCUCCUGGAGAAAAGCCUGAACCUGUGAGGACUCACCUCCGGAAUAUGAUCAUUGUCCCAGAGAUGAUUGGCAGCAUUGUCGGUGUCUACAAUGGGAAAACCUUUAACCAGGUUGAAAUCAAGCCUGAAAUGAUUGGCCAUUACUUGGCUGAGUUUUCCAUCUCAUAUAAGCCUGUUAAGCAUGGACGACCUGGUAUUGGUGCCACUCACUCAUCCAGGUUCAUUCCUCUCAAGUAAAUGUUGCGGCUGAAGUUGAUAGUGAUGCUGGUGGCUUAUUGAUGGAUUAUCUGCCUAAAAAAAUAUGCAGUGGCCCUAGAUAUUGGUUUUGCUUCUGUGAUGAUCUGUUCUCUUAGAAUUGUUUAUUUCCCUUUGUUUGGCGUCAGAGUUGAAGAUUUUGAAUUCUGGAUUAGAAUUGUUUUGUUCCUGGAGAGCUUAAAACGACUUUGUUCGUUAGUAGUAGAUGUUGCACUCUGGAGUGUCCUUAAAUGACAUAAUUUGUUUCUUAUUAUUAAAUGUUUUCUUUGGAA